AUGAAGCAAAAUAUUGGAGGCGGAGAAUUUUCUCAGUUCCCCAAUUUGUCACGGACAAGCUGCCACGAAGACGACGUUUCAACUUACGUUCAACAUUUAAAUGCCCUCUAUUCAGAUUUUGAAUCUAGGUUUGAGGAUAUUUUGACUAUGGUAAUACCACCGUGGAUAAUUAAUCCAUAUGGUGACAUAGAAGAAACGAAUGUCAUAAUACAAGAGGAACUGACUGAACUAAGUACAAACGAAGAACUUAAGGUUCAGUUUAAAAACGGAUAUCAGCAAUUCUGGCUGCAAAACAACAUACCGUUACUUAUCCCGUAUUAUGGAAUAUAG